GAUACUCGACUCGGCCUUGAAAGUCUAGCUGAAUCAUACAAAGAAAACUGUCCGCCAUUGUCACUCUUUGCUUUUUUUUUCUCCUCUACGCUUUCUCAUUUUCGCUUGGCUCAUUCUCCUUUUCCCUGACGUGUAACAACCCAUUUCUCUAGCGAUGUCUGACGACGAGGUUGACACCGAACUCUUGGAACUCCUCCGCCAACACCUUCAGGGGAAGAUCGAUAUCCAGGAGGAGCCCGAGACAGGCGUCCUCGAGAGCGCUGAAUAUGUCUACGACAGUUGCAUUGAUGUUGCCGUUGACAUGCGUGCCUCUAAAAAGGCAGCGGAGAGCAUUUACGAGCAAAUGCAACAGAAGAGUUACUCAACUGCCACCUGGUCAGAGCAUGAACUUCACCCCAAGGCCAAGGACGAAACUACUGUCAACUUCAUUUUUACUAUGGACUUGCUAAACUUUUCUUUCUGGUCUGAGCUGCCUGAUGAUGAACGCUUUGCUAUUGAGUAUCGCGGGAAAAGAUGGACUGGUUAUUGGAGUUUGGUGGCAGCUCUCCAAAGAGCAAUUGAUGAAGGCAUUCCUAUCACAGAUCCUUUCUACUGGAAGAACGAAGAAGAGUGUACCCUGGAAUCCCUCACACAUGUUUUCCGGUCAUGCACAGAAGAGGAAAUUCCCCUCCUUGAGGAACGCUUAGACUGCCUCCGAGAAGCUGGCCAGGUUCUCUUCAAGCACUACGAUGGCUCUGUUGCAGAGCUCAUUUACGCUGCUGACGGUUCUGCGGCACGCCUAGUGAACUUGCUAGCGCAGGAUUUUGACUGCUUCCGUGAUGAGCAUCGUUUCGAGGAUGGCAAGAUGAUUCGGUUGAUGAAGAGAGCACAAAUCCUCGUUGCGGAUCUUUGGGCAUGCUUCAACGGCGCGUCAUACGGCGAAUUUCGAGACAUCGAUAAGAUCACCAUGUUUGCAGAUUAUCGUAUCCCUCAAAUUUUGAUGACUAUGGGCGCCUUGUAUUGUUCUCCAACAGUUGCAGCUGCCAUCAAGGACAAGAAGAUGAUAGAGAGCGGAUGUUCAUGGGAGCUACAAAUACGAGUAUCUGGUGUGUUGAGCUGAUUCGACGAGAGAUUCUGCGUCAACACCCUGACGCUCAUGUCAACGCCAUCCUAAUAGACUUUUUCCUCUAUGACAGUAUGAAGGAACUAGAAGCGGCGGGUAAGGAGCCCAUUCCGCAUCAUCGGACAAGGAGUAUUUGGUACUAGAUGGAGGCCGCGAGGCCUGUUCCCUCUAGAUU